AAGACAGAAGGAAACGUUCGAUCGAUAGAGUCCGGUUCAAAGGUGGUCUUUAUUGUCGUGCCGCUUUCUAAACCUGCAUGGCGCUCCUUUACCGGGGUCAGGUACACUUAACUGCGGCACCAAACAACGAGCAUGAAAACUUUUGUCAAGAAAAAUUUGUUUAACUUGAGGGUGUUGUACUAAGGAUUGUGUUAGUUGUGUUCGAUUGGAACAAAAGCGUGAAAAAGAUUUGAGAUAAUCUAUUUGCGAACAAUUUAGGGGAUUAGAGUCUGGACGAUGCAUGUUCAUAUAACAAACAGAGACGUUGUUAGGCAGGUAACGAAGGGAGAACUGUCGUGUCGGCAGCUGUAAUUGGGCGUUUGUAAAAUUGUUAUAAGAACCGUAGAUAUUGUCCCGGCUGCCCAGAUCUAGUACCUGUGCUUAGGGCACAUCAAAGACACCGCCUGGCUACGUGUCUGCAGUAAGGUGGAGAACGUGACAAGUGUGGCCCGGUCGUCAACAACUACAAACCAACAUUCCUAGGAGGGCCACAGCCGUUGCCAUUGGAUACGUUGUCCCACUGCCCGAGAGUUUCCCAGAGGAGUUGUCACAGGACAUCUAACGAGAAGAAAACACCGCGAACGUUUCGCGGACCCGCUGAGCGUGAUGCAGCAGUGCACGUGCGCCGACAAGCUGAAGUCGGGGAUCCCGCUGUGGAGGCCAGGUGAGGCCGCCCCUCGCUUACCAGAAUGGGCCUACAAGUCCGAGAGCAGCCCGGGGAGCAGGCAGAUCCAGCUCUGGCACUUCAUCCUCGAGCUUCUACAGAAAGAAGAGUUUCGUGAUGUCAUCGCCUGGCAAGGUGACUACGGCGAGUUCGUCAUCAAAGAUCCGGACGAGGUGGCCCGCCUCUGGGGCAUGCGCAAAUGCAAGCCCCACAUGAACUACGACAAGCUGAGCCGGGCGCUCAGGUAUUAUUACAACAAACGAAUCUUGCACAAGACCAAAGGCAAGCGCUUCACCUACAAGUUUAACUUCAACAAGUUGAUCCUGGUAAACUACCCCGUGCUGGAUGUGGACUGCGGGUAUUACGGUCCACAUUUCCCGACUUGCGAGGCCGCCAUGCAGUAUCCCCGCCCGAUGCCUACUCUCCCGAGCAAUGUCAUGAUGAUGGACGGGGCGGCAGCGCCGAUCCCCCCGGCGGCUCCACAGGCUGUCCCCGCCCGCAGACCGCGCGGGUCCGUCAGCGACAGCAGCGAGGAGUCCGCUCCCGGAGACCACACUGCAGAAGAUGGAGCCGCAGCUCACGCCAGACUGCACUACAACCACACCAUGUUGCAGGCACAUAUGUACGAUCGACACCUGCAGAUGCAAGAAGCUCAACAGCAGAGCAUGUUCCGCCCCAGUCACCGCCCUCCUUGCCUCAUUCCAGAACCUCUCCGUCUUGGACCUGCCUCAGAUCCCAUGGCCUUCCACCAGCUGCCUCGGGACCACGCCUUCCAACCACCUAAGAUCCACUCCGAAUCGCUGCCAUCGACGCCAUCGUCGCUGAGCGACUACUCCUCCUCCCCGCAGUGUUCUCCCAUGUUCGACACUGCCAGCGGAACUCGCUUCAGCUUCAACUUCAACUUUAAUGCAGGGUCACCGUUUGACAGGAAGCCACACCAAGACCUGCGCAGCGCCUUCACGACUCACGUCCGAGUGUCCAGCGUGGAUGGAGAGGACAAAGCCAGACUCCAGGAAGUCUCCCCUGGUCGCAUCACGAUCGACCCGACCAAGGAUGGAAGACGCGAGCGAUCUCCGGGAAGGAUGCCAGGUCUGCUGAGCCCGCCUAGACCGAUGGAGAGGGUAAGGUCCAGAAGCCCGCAGAGAUUCGUCCCAAAAGUGGUGAAGACAGAGGAAGAAGACGAGAAGUACACGAGGGGAAGUUCCUCCCAGUUCCUCGCAGUGCCUCGACUGCUACCAAUGGCCCGACGUCACUCUGUGGACGGCUGCAUCACCAGUGAGAACAACGAAGAGGGCGCGAGGGAUCGCCGGCAGCGGUGGUCAGUCAGUGACAUGCUGCCUGACACCGGCAAGGCAGUCGACCAAGAGGGUGGUCAGAACGACGAGGAGGGGAAAGACAAGUCCAUACCGAUCAAGCUGCGCUUCAAGAGGAAGUACAGUCAGAGUCAGGAGCAGCCUGAAGGGCAGGACGCCCCCGCCCCGGCAGCAGCAGAGACCGCCCGAGUGGUUCGUCCAUGGCUGGAUGACGACGAGCGCGUGACGACAGUUCGGCCACGACCCCGCGCCUUCUCAACUCCCGCGGAACUCAGCAACCAAAACUCCAGCGCCAACCAACAGGAGAAACUGACUCCAUCGUCAACAGCGCCUUCGGCAGCGUCUUCAAUGGGAGAUCUUCGACGCGAAGGGUCUCAAGAAGACUCUAUUCCACAGGGGGAUGCUGCCCGGUCCCGGGCGGACAGACGGAAGAACCCUCACCCUCUCCACGUGCGCGUGAAGGUUGAACAAGAGGAAGAGCCCGCCACACCCUCCAGCCGUAACCUGGCUCACCACGUCCGACACUACCGGCCUCAAAUCCUCAUCAAGGAAGAACCCGAGGAUCUAGACGACGUCUUCGCAAGUGAGUAACUAACGGACUCAAAAGAGACUUUCUGCCCACUGUGGCCACGUUUUGUUUCACCAGAAGUACCUACCUAAGACUGGAAAAGUUCUACUGAUAAUUAUCUGUGAAAGAUGUGUAGAAAUAUGCCGUAUUGUGAUAUAAAUGAAAGUAUAAUGGAGUUGUGUUGAUGAGGUAAGAACAAUAUGUUUUAAAAAAUGACAAAAAAAUCAUUCCAUAUUUCUGUCUUGGCACCAGAUUUGAUGUGACUCGUGAGAGAGGCAGAGUGUGUAACACAAAUCUAGUCCUGGUUUUGUUUGUUGUUUCUGCAUGGAAAGUCGCGGAUCAGAUCCUGUGUAAGAUUGACAUGAUAUGAUAUACCUGAUUAGCUUUAGUUUACUUGGGGCCAAAGAUGAUGUACCUAGACCAGUGCCUCACGACAAUUGUAUAACUGUAAAAAGUACACGUGUCUAUUGUAAUUAUUGAGGCAAACUGCAGCAGAAUCGCGCCAUGUGUAUGUUAUGAGAUGCAAACUGAAAUAGUGUCAUCAAUAUACCCUUUGAACUUGUGACGAAAACAAACAUGGGCGUUUCCCGCCCUCCCGCAGAGAUGUCGUGUCUGGAACAGAAACAGUUAUAAUGCUCUUACACAAUGUCGUAAUUGGGCAUGAUUUAUUCAUACCAGUUUUUGAUUCCCGAUGUUUCUACCUGAGCUGAUGUAACAGUACAGUUUGACGCCCUCCAGGCAUGGUCUUUCUAUUUGAUGCACGAAGAUCAACCGACAUGACACGUAUCAAUUAUAGAGAAGGUGAUUAGCUAAAAGCCUCUUAUGGCGAGUGGGCGUGGAGAUAUGAACAUAUACAUCCCCGACUGUACAUUUGACAUAUAAGUCUGACCAGCUCUAGCUAAAUUCUAACCACCAAAAGAGCCGCUGUACCCAAAGUUGACGAGAGUUGCUUCAGCAUUGACCUGCUAUUUCAAUCCGUGUCGACUGGCGAUGAAAACCUGUGCCCUGUAUGACGAAGCUGUAAAUACGAAAUUUUCUCAAACACAUUAACGAAAGUGUCCAAAGAUGUAGGGAAAGCAGGUAGAAGAAAAUUGAGCAGCUUUCUUGCCCGAACCAUUUGCAGGACCGUAACCCCGCAUUACAGGAUCAUGUAGUUGACAGGUUCUGACCCUGGUGGCAGGAAAGGACAAAGUCAGACAGAAAGAUGGCAACCAGGAAAUGGCCUUUUGAUCCGACGAUAAGCACUUUGCCGCGAAAGGCAGGCCCGUUAUGGAGCCAUCCCCGUGUUGGUCGGAAAUGUUAUCCGCCGAUGAUGUAGCGGUGAUGGGGUCGUAAUACCAAGACGAGGUCGUAAAUGACUAAAAUGGUGUACUCGAAUGUCCUGAACAUUAUCCAGUUGCAGAGGGCAACCUAUUUGUAUGGCUGGUUUAUGGUAUUUAUCUCCAAAUGCCCCCGCUCAAUACGUAACAUUGCAUGGUGCCUUUCCACUCUUCACGCCAGUAUUUGUACAAAGUUGGAAACAUAUGAAAAUAUUACCAAAAAUUGAAUGUUGUUCUCAAAAAAAGAAUUUCUAUAUGUAGAUGUUACUGCAGAGGAAUCUUCUCCGUGUUUUAGUUCUCUCUUUUUUUGCAUAAGCCUGAAUGUCACAGGUACUUUGUUGUAUUUACUCCAGAGAAAGGAUAUUUCUUAUAUAUAAAGUCGUAAGUGUUGGUCAAGGAAGGUUCUUGAAAUGUUUUAAAAAACGACGUCGUUUGAAGGACCUUGCUGGAUUCUAUGACUGUGUAGAAAUGACUUGUUUUUGUGGAGACUGUAGCCAACAGAAGUGAUGAUGAAUAGUGAAGUGGACCCGACCAUUCGAGCCUUUUUAUCAGUUAACAGGGAGGCUAAUUGGACCUAUCUCAUACACGAUGCGUACCACAACAAUAGACUGUGAAUUGUUGUCAGUGUACCUAUUGAGUGGUACUCUACUAUUGUGACAAUUUAUUUUUUUUAAAAGGGGGUGAUUUACUACCCCCAUAGAGGGAAGAAUGGUCGCGUCCCAGCGUAAAGUCCCACAAUGAUUGAUGUGAGUCCAUGUAUGAUUCCCUCUCGUGGUCCCUGUGCUUGUCGGUAAAAGUAAUGACAAAAGACGGCAAAGUUCGGCUCUAUCCAUAGGGCGAUUGACAAUCAUGUUGUGUCGUCGACAUGCACUUGUAACCAACAGACGCCCGCGUUGUAGAUGUAUAACAACAACUAGGUCUAUUUGCUUUUGUGUUUUAUUUAUAGAGGGAAGGAAAAUAUUUGAAUGUAUACCUUAUACUGAUGAUGACUCCCUCAGGAAGGGAACUGAAUACGUGGGUGAAAUGUGGGUCAGUGAUUUUAUCUUUGUUGUGUAGGUUUUGAACAUAGAUCAUUUAACUGAUAAUUUGUAUGUAUUUGCCAUAAUAGAAACCUUGAUUACAAAGCUUCCUUGUCGCAUGAAUUGCUCCUGGGCGAUUAUUUCAGAACAGUUUCUUUGUCGUUUACCCUAUCGGUACCUAUACUCUCUACCUCACCACUCUGCUGUUCUAACAAACAGUUCCCACGAGUGACGGGUGCGUGUGCCACCAGUAUGGGGAGAAAUCGACAUUUGCGUUGAAAACUCACAAUAUUCCGAGCAGAUGGUAUCAUUACAACUGGCCUUGCCCUUAUGUAAUUGCCCAAAUGUUAUACUGGACAAAAACGCAGUGCAUUAAGAUCUGGCCAAAGCAGCAGUACUGUCACAAGCGUGCUGACUCGUGGUGGCAAUUUGUCCACACAUUUCCCCACAAAGCAUGGUUUUCUCGACUCCUUUUGUCGUAUGCGGAGGUCUAACUGGUUUAGAGCCCUCUCAGCCGCAUUACCUGAAUAGUUAGGGAUCAUUUCAAAGGUUCUGAAAUAACACCCAUGGAGUAUGAUUAUGCGUCAAGGUUGCUGACUGAAAGAAGCACACGCUCAAAAUUCCAGACGAUCCCUGUCGUUCUUCAAAAUUCACGCUGAUUAGUUUCCGGUUAGUGGUCAACAGCAGAACCCAUUUUCUGGUAUAUAUAUGUAUGUAUAAGAUAUAUUGCAUAUAUAUAUUUUUGCCUGUACAUGUACAAACCCCUGUGCAAUGUUAAAGACACGGAGACAUUGACGAGGUUCUGCUUGUUUAUUUUCAAUAAAAUUUGUCCGAUAACGUA